AUGGGUGAUAACUUGGCUGUCGUUUCUGAAGCAAUGAUCCUUAUAAAGGAAGAGUUUCAUUUGUCUUCAUUUUGGCAAGAGCUCAUCGUAAGUGUCGCAAUAGGUACAGCUGUAAUAGGAGCUCCGCUCGGAGGAUUUCUGAAUCAACGACUUGGGAGAAAACCAAUGCUUUUAACUUGUGCAAUGGUGUUUACGAUUGGAGCCGUGGUCGAGGCAGUUGCUACAUCGAGAAAUGUUUUACUCAUUGGUAGGCUUAUUGUCGGUUUUGGAAUAGACGGAGUGUCUGUUACAGUCCCAGUGUACAUUGCGGAAACUGCACCAUCGAAUAUAAGAGGUCGUCUAGCUACCGUCUACAAUCUAUUUAUGGCGGGAGCCCAAUUUGUCGCAGCUGUUAUUGACGGCAUCUUUAGCCCUUACAAGAAGACCGGAUGGAGGUAA